UUAUUUUCUCUCUUGCGAAAUUUCCCAUGACUGCUUCCUCAGGCUGAUCAUCAGCCAAUCAGAAACAACAUCCCUCCAGCAACCGCCCUCACUGAGACAACAUGGCUAAAGGUGGUGGGAAAGGCCCUAAGGGCAAAAAGAUCACCCUCAAUGUGGCCAAGAAUUGCAUCAAGAUCACGUUCGAUGGGAGGAAGCGCUUGGACCUGAGCAAGCUGGGAAUCACCACCUUCCCAAAAUGCAUCCUGAGACUCAAUGACGUGGAUGAGCUUGACUUGAGCCGGAACCUCAUCAGAAAGAUCCCUGACUCCAUCUCCAAGUUCCAGAAUCUGCGAUGGCUGGACCUUCACAGCAACUACAUUGACAAGCUGCCCGAGUCUAUUGGCCAGAUGACUACCCUGCUCUACCUGAAUGUCAGCAACAACAAGCUCACCACCAACGGGCUGCCCGUUGAGCUGAACCAGCUCAAGAACCUCCGGACUGUGAACCUGGGUCUCAACCAUUUGGACAGCGUGCCCACCACCCUGGGGGCACUGAAGGACCUCCACGAGGUCGGGCUCCAUGACAACCUGCUGAGCACCAUCCCCCCCAACAUCUUCAAGCUGCCCAAGCUGAAGAAGCUCAACACCAAGCGGAACCCCUUCCCCAAGACAGAUGACCUGGAUGCCUUUGUGGACACCAUCAAGAGGCUGGAGAACUUGUACCUGGUGGAGGAGAAGGACCUCUGUGCUAACUGCCUGCGCAAAUGCCAAGUGGCCCGGGAGAAGCUGACCAAAAUCAAGAGCACAGCUGCGUCGGCACCCAGAAAGCCAGUCUUUUCCAAUUUGGUCUCACCCAAUUCCACGGCCAAGGAGGCCCAGGAAGACUGGAGGUGACCUGGGUCCCUAUGCUGAGGCAGGAGGGGGAGGAGGAAGGAAGGGGAGAGUGAGCGGAAUUCAUAGGAAAGGGCAAGCUCCUCUGUCACUGCAGUUGCUUUUCCAUCCAAGCUCAUAAAACACCUUU